CCGUGCCCUUUUACGCGGGCACAUCAGAACCCCCCCCCCUCCCCCCCCCCCAUUGGCUGCGUACGGUGCGAAAUAAGUUGGACGUGCGUACGUAACACUUGCGCUCUAGCUUUUGCAAAGCAUUUUAAUUUAGCUCGGGGCCAAGCUAGGGACGGGCCUGAUAACCCGUUGGUUGUGGUUGUAUGAUUCCACGGUGGCUAGGAGGUGUUCGCUCCCUCGCCUGGUAUGCAGGAGGUCGUGGGUUCGAUCCCGACCCUGUGACAACCUGUUGUGUAUUUGGCGUUUGCGUGUCUCUCUCUCAUCGUCACGGUGGUGAGAUGCUAGCUCCCUCGCCUGGUAUGCAGGAGGCCGUGGGUUCGAUCCCGACCCUGACGCCUGCUGCUGCUGUAUAUUUGGAGUUUGUAUGUACUCCCCGUGUUCGUGUGUACUUUUUUUUGCGGGUCCUCUGUUUUUUCCCUCCACAUUUAGAAUCAACAUCACGCGUUGAUAGCGUUUGGCUGCUGCACAUUGCCACGUGACAAUAAGCCACUUUGCUGAGCUGUCAUUUGUGAUAUAGCCAGAUCGCUUCUGAAAAAUGACUUUGUAGUUCAGUGGGCCUUACCUGCUUAAAUAAAAGUAUUUCAGUUUAGAAUGAAAAAAAAUAAAAAUAGGUUUUACCCUUUAUAUUUGGUGUUAAGAGGUUCAAACACCAAAUAGAACCCUUGUGCAAGGAAUCGGGUCUGCAUUAACUGCACGUACUUGCGGUGAACGUGCGAACAAACACGCUCUGAUUGGCCUACACAUCAGAGACAGCAGCCAUCUUUAGGGCCUAGUCUCAACCAGCGUCAGACCAGAGGACAACUCCUUAAGGUGAACAGCACAAAGACAAUGCCACUAUCAUCAGGGCGUUCAGAGCUUGGGGUCAGCAGACACAACAUUGGGACCUUUUUUUGUUUUCGUUUACAGUUAAGUUCAUUUCAUGUUCUGCAUCACCAUCAAUCAGUCGUGCAUCUCAAGAAAGUAAUUUGUCGUCGACCCCGUGGUGUCAGGAACGGGCCCACGUGUGCUGGAUCAAGGUACAGGGAAUCCUCUACUUACCAACGAGACGCCGCCGCCGCCUCCUCCUCCUCCGCCGCCGGCACCGCCGCCGCCGCCGAUGCAGCCGCGCCGCCGGCGGGAGUCUCCCUCCACGAGGCGCUGUUCGGACAGGCGCCGUCGGGGAACCUCUGUCACCACCGCCGCUUACGCUUGCGCCGCCCGGCCGUGUUUUCUGGCCUCGCCCGCUCGUGGCCGGCGAUGGGCUGGAGCCCCGCGGCACUGGCGGCCACGAUGGGCGAGCGCCAGCUCAUGUUCCGCGUCGGGCCCAAGCGGCGCGCUCCCGAGUCGGCGGCGGAGACGGAGCCCGAGUUCGAGACGGAGUGCGGCCACGUCCUCGCCACGGUGGCGGAGUUUGUCGCGUGGGUCGGCGACGAAGAUGGGGACGACGAAGGGGCGAAGGCAGGGGGCGACGAUGGGGACGACGAUGGGGUGAACGAACGGGUGGGCGAUGAGGAGGUGAACAAAGUGGCCGGCGACGAUGGGGUGAACGAACGGGUGGGCGACGAUGGGGUUAACGAAGGGGCGGGCGACGAGGGGGUGAACAAAGUGGCCGGCGACGAGGGGGCGGGCGACGAUGGGGUGAACGAAGGGGCGAAGCAAGGGGCGGGCGACGAUGGGGUGGCCGCCAAAGGGGCGAGACGAACGGCCCGGGGCGUUGGCGCCCUGCGCGGAGUGUCGCGCCGCGACUCGUGGCUCUACGCCGACUACAUGCACAUGGCGCUGCUCUUCCGGGACCACCCCGACUUGCUCAAGGGGCUGCGCUGGGAGGAGCUGGGCUUCCUGGGCCGGAACGGGGCCGACAGCACGCUGUGGCUGGGCAGCGAGGGGGCCAACACGCCCUGCCACUUUGACACCUACGGCUUCAACCUCGUGCUGCAGAUCUACGGCCGGAAGCGCUGGCACCUGUUUCCCCCGGGCGACUCGCCCUUCCUGCAGCCGACGCGGGUCCCCUACGAGGAGUCGAGCGUCUUCAGCCGCGUGCACCCGCUAAGCCCAGGCCACCGGCGCUCACAGCGGCUUAGCCGGGCGCACCACCACCGCGUCACGCUGUCGCCUGGCCAGAUUCUGUUUGUGCCGCCCCUCUGGUGGCACUACGUGGAGAGCCUGGACCAGGCCACGGUGAGCGCCAACACGUGGGUGGAGCUGGAGUCGGACCACGAGGCUCGCCUGCAGGAGGCCCUGGCUCGGAUCGUCGUCUGCGCCAUCAAGACCCAGCCUCACCCCGACAACAUGACUCGCUGGCUCAACCCCUCCGAGGAUGACGACGUCAGCUACGAGACGAACCUCCGCUACCUCAACGCGGCUCUCCGAGCGCUGCCCGGCUCCUCGCAGUCGGAAGCCGGCCCCGGGCGCCACGGCGGCUCCUGCCGAGCGAAGAAGCGCAAGGCCGACGAGCCGGCGCUCGACAGCUGCAGCUGCAGCUGCCGCCGCCAGACUACGGGGGGCGAAUCUCCGUCGGAAGAUCACGAGGGGGGCGGCGCUCCGAGCAUGCCGUGCGGCGCUUUCCUCGUCCCAUUGGAUCCCGGUUCCGACUCCCCGACCUUCGACCCGGAACCCGCAGCGCGCGAGAGCCAGGGGGUUGCCGCGGGUCGCGGGGACGUUGCCGGAGGUACCGGCGAGGCCGUCGCCGUGGAUACGGACACGCUGCUGGAGUGCGUCGCCCACCCGGACGUGGUGAGGGAGAUCGCGAGGCUGCUGAGGCAGCGGCUUCGCGUGUAGGCAGCUCGCUGGCGGCGGCUUCGGUCGACGCCGCGCACGAACGUGCACGAACGCCCUCUCGCGUGUUUAAAUUGCGGGGAAAGGAGAACGGGGCACAAGGCGGCGCGGGGAGCAACGCACACAUGGUGGGGAUUGCAAACUUAAUGCGGGUGUCGCAGCCGAGCAAACGGAUCUCGCGCGACUCGAUCGCCCGCACGCACGCACGCGACUGCUUUGUCCGCAUCUCGACGGGCAGUUGCAUCGGGGGGGCUUGGCUAAAGCGCGACUCUCACCCUCUCUACGGCUGCCCAACCCCCCGCUCUGCGUUGUACUGCACGGCGAGGGAGGAGGCGAGGUGGGAGGGGGGGGGGGAGGCGAAUGGAGGGUGAAGGGGAAGUGUGGUGGCAUUGCCGGCGCCCGCCACGGAGAGGCCGGGGGAAACGAUGGCGUGCCCUGGAACUACGGGCGACGUGUGGGGGAAGCGUCCCCGAGGUCGAUGGCAGGCUCCUUGCCAAGGCCUCGGCCUGUAGAGGCCGUCAAGAACGAAAAGUGGCGGUUCAACCGGUGAAACGUCCAGAGUGGCCUUGGAAUGGUUUCACGACAGCUGCUUGUCCGUACGGUGGCUUUUAAUAUCACACCUUACGAGGUCGCACUCAUUACAAAGUGCUGGCCACAAAUAAACCACGGUGCCUCGCUGAUGUCAGGGAGGGUAAAUCAACAUCCUCGCAGCAGCAGCAGCAGCGGCUUUUGGCUGCUGGCCGUCGAACAAAGACGGUUGUCACCGCAUCGUCGCGCGGCGCUUUCAGAUGCGCGCUUC